AUGCACGCUGAGAAAGAGCGUAUACACGCACAGGGUAUGAAAGAGCGGAAGCUCUACUGGCAGUACCUCAAUGGGGAGUUAUCCAGUAGCAAUCGCGCGGAUUGGAGCCCUGCUGACCCAAGAAUGUCGCCCGCCUAUAUCCAUUGGAGCGUCGAGCCAACAUGGAGUUGCAACAUCAUGCAGCGUUUGGGGACACUUGGCGACGGUGGAAAGGAAAUGUGCGACGCUAAGCGGCUCCUAACGCACCGCCAACCUCUCGUGUACUCGUUUGGCUCCAAGCUUGAGUGUGAUUUUGAAAGGCAGCUGAAAAAGGAUUUCCCGACAGCUGAUAUACACGUGUUUGACCCGACACCGGGUGUUGUCGAAGGAUUCUCCUCAAGUCAAUGCUCGAAGCUGGUCUCGUUCCACCCUACUGGUCUGGGUGGGUACACAAAGUCUCUUUAUCUGAACGGCAUCAACAGCUAUGGAGGGCGCAAUGUCAAACUGGAGGAUCUGCUGAGCAUACAGGCGUCCCUGGGACAUCAGAACAGGGUCAUUGAUGUGCUGAAGAUAGAUAUUGAAGGUAGUGAGUUUGAUGCCUUCUCUCACCUUGCAGCUAAUGCCAAGAACUGGCCAGGUGCUAAGCUUAUCAUGCUUGAGGUGCACCUGGCCAACGAGAACUACGGUAGCAACUGGAAGAACGGUCUGAAAGUAUUCCAGAAGCUGUUCUCGGAUUUCAAUACCAUGGGUUUCCGUGUGUAUUACAAGGAGAUCAACCCUUAUGAUGGAAGAAGGUGUGUGGAAUAUGCCCUUAUCAACGACAAGUACUUGCGUUAG